AUGAAUGGAAUCAAGCAGGACCCAGAUGCGGGCACGCCGAUCCAGUACAUGGACGACGAGUUCUUCGAGGACACCGGGGAGAUGACGAUGCCACAGCCAGACACCAAGACUGACGUCUGGCUAACGCGCAUUCCCGACUGGCUGUAUGACGCCGUGUCCAAGUGGGACGACCUUGCUGAAGGCAACGACAACGACCAGAUACAGAUUGGCGAGGUGCUUGGAUUCAACACAACGUCGGGCAUCGACCAGAACAAGCCCAUGCGACUCUUCUUCAACGACCGGUGGCGCGCCAAGUCGAAGCUGCCGACCUCUUUCGAGAUACAGCCAACACAGACAUCAGACACAGUCCUCGGGAACACGUACGUUUUCACCGAGAAAGACCUCCCGGGCUACAAGCCCACCGGGUUCGGCCAGGGCUUCCGAGGCGGGCCGGGAAGCUACGGCACACAAGACCCCAAGGCGCGCAUACAGAAGCGCGGCAAGUACAGAAAGGCGAUUCCUAAGCAGACUGCCCUGAUCGGCCACGCAACUCGCCAGUACACCGCAAACCCUCUGCAGACACAAGAAUACCGGGACUUUGAUGCGCAGCGCAUCAAGCAGGCCAUCCAGGGCUCCUACAUGGAGACUGUCAUCAUCAAGGAUCCUGGUGUCGCCAACUACAACAGCGUCCAGAGCAGAUUCACAUCCUUCAUCAAGCCCACGACAAAGGCCAAGUCGCAGCAGAACAAGGCCGCGCGUAUCUCCCACCGCGAGCUGCUGGAUAUGCUACACACCCUGUUCGACGAGUACGAGUACUGGUCGAUGAAAGCGCUCAAGACACGGACAAAGCAGCCCGAGCAGUUCCUCAAGGAGGUCCUCCCCGAGCUGGCCCAUCUCGUCAAAUCAGGCUCUUUCGCCAGCCACUGGCAGCGACAGCAGCAUUUCAAUGUAGGACGGACGCUCGCCAACCAGCAGUCAUCAAUGGCACCCGAUGUCGGCGGCGACGACUCCGAGGACGAGGAGAUGGAGGAUGUAGUCUGA